UUUGCGGUAAGGCGAGUUCCCGCGCAAGUGCCGAUGUGUUUCCAAAUUUAAAAAUAAUAAAAUGGAAUCCAAAUUUAAAAAUUUUAAGGACACUUUGACUUUGGAAUGUGAAAAGAACACUACUCCUUUCUCGAUUAACGAUAUUUUGACGAAGGAAGAAGCGAAGUGCGAUUUAGAGUGUGACGACUUGCGAAGGAAUCGAAUGUUCUGUCAGGAUUUUGGCGGGAAGAUGAAUUUUCUCGGGAAGGCGGGGUGUUACAGCAGAGAAGAACCGCUCGUAAAGAAAGAAGAUAAGGAAGCGAAGUAUUAUGAUGAUGGAUAUCGUGAUUACGGUGAUGACGGAGCUCUCGACAUGUCCAGAAAGAACCACUAUCCAGUCACAGAACUUUCAGAUGACUACGAUUCCCGCUCAUCUAACACGGGUUCGCCCGUCCGCCGCACCUCAUCGCCCCACUCCGACGCCGGCUACAAACCAUUCCUGCACUACGACCGCAAAUGCACCACUCCCAGCGACCGCAUCAUAUCCCCCAACUACCCCCCGAUCAGCGAAUACAACCAGACCAGCGGACGGAAGAAGCGAUCCCGCGCCGCCUUCUCCCACGCUCAAGUCUACGAGCUAGAAAGAAGAUUCAGCCAACAAAGGUACCUAUCAGGGCCUGAACGAGCGGACCUAGCGGUCAGCUUGAAGCUCACAGAGACUCAAGUGAAGAUCUGGUUCCAAAACAGAAGGUACAAGACCAAGAGAAAGCAGCUGCAGAUGCAAGAGAACGGUAUGCUAGCGGCGGCGGCGGCAGCGGCUAACCAUGCCAGAAAAGUGGCUGUAAAGGUCCUGGUCAACAACAACGGACAACCAGGUUUACCAGACCUGAAGCAAUACCCCAAUCCGAUCAUAGGUAAAGGCCUAAACCCACUCUUCGCCCCUCCAAUGCUAGACAACUCGCCCAUACUGAAACAUUUCGCAGGAGUAUACGGCGUGGAUUUCGCUAAAAAUCCAGAAUACAAAGCCUUGUUGCAGGAAUCGUAUAACCAAGCUGUUCUACAGUCGCUAUACGGACCGCACUUAGGGGUAAAUUACCCUAAUCUAUCGUUACCUUACAUGUAUUACCCUGGUCACCCAGCAUUCGGCAUGUCAAUGCCUUGUGAUCCUGAAAGGAGUCAGGAAACGAGAAGCGAGAAAGAUAAUGAAAGUACGGAAAGAGAAAAAGAUAGAACAGAAAAGAAAAUUCAAAUGGAUAUCAACGAAAACAGCAAUGAAAGUAUGGCCAGUAAUAUUGAGGUAGAAAAUUGAAAAAAGAAUACAAAUUCAAAACGUAAAAAGAACACGAUAAGAUUGGAAAAUUACGUAAGAGACGCACUCAGCAAUCGAUUAUUAUCUUUCAGAUUAUCUUUUGUUAUUUGGCAGCUAAGUUUGGCAGUCAAAUCAAACCCACCAAAGAGUUUAUCUACCCAAUUCAUUGUUACCAAAAAAGUUAGUAGAAGUGAUAACAAAGAAAACGAAAUUCGGAUGUUUCAGUUUUUUGUUUUCUUUUUCUAAUGACAAUAAUCAUACCAAAGAUUUUUCAAAACUCUAACCAAAGAAUAAGCACGCUUAGUUCAUAGUAGAAUUGUUACAAAAUAGUUAUCUGCUGUAAAUAGUUUUUUAAGUUUUAAGUAGUUGUUAAGAGCGAAUGUUUGACGUAGAACGGCACGUUUUGUAAAUAGUACAAAUUAGAACCAAAAUUUAAUAAAGGUGCAAUACAGUUUA